CUUUUGUCCAUCGUAUUUAUAUCCUCUCUUGUUCUUUUUUCUUCAUCAUGGUGAGCUUUAUCUCUUCAUACCUACCGUUUGGGAAAUCCAAGGACGAAAAUAUGCCGGCGCCUGAGAAGAAUAGACAGUGGACCACGGGCCAGGAUGGCCUUGAUAAGCUCGCUUUUGGGGAGGGUGAAGUUCCCAAGCCGAAGGAGGGAGAGGUUUUGGUUAAGGUUCUUGCUGUUGGGUUGAAUUAUCGUGAUACUGAAGUUAUCAACGGUGAUUACAACCACCAUGCCUCUAUUCAAGACACAGACGCUCUCGUGCCUUGCUCCGAUAUGUGCGGCACCGUCAUCCAGAGCUCGUCGCCAAAACUCAAAGUCGGCGCUCGCGUCAUGUCCAUCUUUAACCAGACCCAUCUCACAGGACAAGUCACCGAGAAAGACAUGGCCUCCGGUCUUGGUCUCCCUCUUCCAGGCGUACUAACAGAAUAUCGCUGCUUCUCAGCUGAUACUCUCGUCCCCGUCCCCGAUUAUCUCUCCGACGAAGAAGCAGCGUGUCUCCCCAUCGCAGCUGUAACAGCUUGGAUGUGCAUCAACGGCAUGCGACCGCUUGGCCAACCUGCUGAUGGAAGCAAGAAGAAGGAAACUGUUCUUCUUCAGGGCACGGGUGGCGUAGCGAUUGCGGGGCUGCAGAUCGCCAAAGCAGCUGGGUUAAACGUCAUCAUCACUUCUUCAUCCGACGAUAAGCUCGACCGCGCGAAGAAGGAUCUCGGCGCUGACACGGGUAUCAACUACCGCACGCACUGGGAGUGGCAAGAGCCCGUUAUGAAGGCGACGCAGAACCACGGCGCGGACAUCAUCUUCGAGACAGGCGGUGCACGAACCCUGCGCAAGUCGUUUGACUCUGUUGCGUUUGGCGGACUGAUCAACUGUGUCGGCUAUCUCUCCGGCAAGGAAGAAGAGCAGGACACUGGCGGAAAGGUUGGUGUGAAUGUCCUCGCUCUGAGAAGGAAUGUCACGCUCAAGGGGAUUCUGAACGGGCCGAAGGAUCGGUUUGAGGAGAUGGUGGCGUUUUAUGAGAAGCAUUCUAUUCACCCUGUUGUGAGCAAGGUGUUUGGGUUUGAGGAGGCGAAUAAGGCGUUGGAGUUUUUGAGCAGUGGACAGCAUUUUGGAAAGGUUGUUGUGAGGGUUUCGAAGAAGGAAUAGAAGAGAUAGAUCUACACGGGUUAUGAGAUGAAUAGAUGCUGAUAUAAGAGU